CAAUGCCCUUGUCAUGGAACAAUGAGAGGAUAUGUAGGAGACCAGUACAAAACUUCGCGAGUAGUAUUUUAUCCUGGAGCUCAAUACGAAGGCUAUUGGAAAAGUAGUCAUAUGUGUGCCCAGCUUACAGAUAUAAUACCUCUUUUCAAUGCCAUACACCCAAAUGCAGUAGCUGUCUUUCUUUUUGAUCAAAGCAGCAAUCAUAAAGCCUAUCCUGAAGACGCUCUUUUGGCACAAAACAUGAACUUGUGUGCAAUUGAAGUAAAAGACAGUGACUCAGGCCAGGGAAAAUUUCGUGACAGCUCAUUUUAUGUCAGAAAGCAAUACGACUAUGCAGAACAGCAAAAAAAUAAAAAAUACAAAAAAUAUUUCAUUGGCCUUCGCGGCAUAUUACAGCAACGUUCUAUGUAUAGAAACGAAGCAGAGAGAUACUCUUUAAAACGUUCUUGUAAUAAUGUCGCGACAGCUGAUUCUAGAUGUUGUGCAAUCCAUAUUAUGGAGAGACAACCAGACUUUGCCAACCAAAAAUCAGCACUCGAAGAAAUAGUUGAAGGCAGUGGACACAAAUUUGAACUGUAUCCAAAAUACCACUGUGAAUGUAAUUGGAUCGAAAGAUACUGGGAAGCAGCCAAGAAAGAAGCACGACGUGAAUGUGAUUAUUCUUUUCAAUCAUUGAAUAGAAAAAUCAAUUCAUUUCUGGAUAUUGUUUGCCCACCAGAA